UUUUUUUUAAAAAAAAAAUCUUAUUUAAUUGUCUUUAUUCGUGUUUUUGGCAUGUGUUGUCUUUAUUAUUCACAAACCAACAUGCCUGUUGAAUCUGUCUAUUUUAGGCGUAGGAUGAUGUUAUGGGGAAGUUCCCUGAAUGUUUUCGUGUAUCGUAGUCCUGAUGACAGCUGAGCACCAAGGAACAGGUGUCGGCGUGUUUGCUGGAUGAGCUAAACAUGUUGAUAUCAUCCUCAUCCUCUGCUUUCAGUAGGAAUAACUGGACCAGCAUGAGGACGUUGUAAUCCACACUUUGGUUCAGGGAACUGAAAACUUGUUUGACUAAAAAAAAAAAGAAAUUUGAGUAUAUUUUCCGUGUAUGUCCAGAUAUGAUUUGAGUGUUUCUUUUCUACUCAAAGUAUUCGGCAUUCAGCAUUAUAUUCGUCUGUACUCUGUUGUUACACAGCCCCGACACAAAACUGUCAUCUUCACUCAGCUUUCUCGUGUUAUGAUCCUUUGAUCCUGAACAACACCGUAGGAAACACACCAUAGGAAACAAUACCAGGGCUGUGGGAGGGGAGCAUUUCAACUCAGACUAUAUUAUAUAUAUAGUAUAUAUAUGUGUAUAAUAAAGCAAAGGUAGAAUAUCUGCUGUGUGGAUCUUUAAAGUGGAUGAGAAAAAAGCUAAAUAAGCAGCAAAUGGUUACAAGUAAGUGUUUCCUCUCCGAAUGCUGUGAGGAAUAUGGGGAUGGGGGGUGGGGUGGGGGGGCAUGUGCAGAUGGGACGUUUCCUGUGUCAGUGGUUGUCAAAAUGUGUCUGUGACAGGGGACAGGGUUGCCUGUAUUUAUCAAGGUUUGAUUUUUUUUUUUUUUUUUUUUUUUUUUUUUUUAAGUGGAGGAGAGGUUUGGAGUUGGGUUUGGGACUGGAAGGGGAGGGGGAGUCCAAAACGUGUUUCAUCUAUGUGGUCGAUGCUACCAUAUUGGGCCGAACAAAUGAACUGGAUGGCAGAAGAACAAUGCGAUUUGGUAUUUUUAAAAGCUUGGCAUUACAAUGCCACCAUGUGGCCAUACGAUGCAAGUUGUUAACAAGGACAAAAAAUGUUAUUUUAAUGUUAUUUUUUAUUUUGCAAUCAUAUUAUUAAUAAAGUCAUUGAGUACUGUCGU